UUCUAAUUAAUUCGCCCCAGCUGUCAGCGGCGAUUCUUAGAUAUCGCAUUUCCCUACGAUGCCAAUUAUCUUGCCCUAGGAGCUAGCUAGACGAGGUUGAUAUCAAGUCACCUGAUAACUAAAUAUCAACCCCAGCUUCAUCCAGAAUAAUAAUACUCUUUACUGUCCAUGAGGAAUAGAGGAGCAUGUUGACUAUUUGUCUCGCAGGAAUCUAAUUUUUGUUCCUGAGACAGAACUCCUCAGAAGACCGUUGACAGAACUUGAUUAUUUUGUCUUUCGUUUUCCAGCUUCCCCAACCGGCCAACGGGUUGUCAUAUUGAAACGCCCCCAAUUCCAUUGAUCCCCUCCGAAGGAACAAAAAACAGGGUUUGCUGAGGCUGCACUCCCAACCCUGCCACAGGAUGCACUGGGCAUUUGCACUUUGCUGCACGAGGGGAGCAGGAGGAUGUCUGAUUUUGCGAUCUAUUUGAAGAGGAUGGAAACAUGAGGACAACCCAGGCCCGUGUUUUAUAUGCGCCCACAACUGUUUAUUCAUUUCCCUUUGAAUUAUCCCCCUGGAAGUCUAUGUGGAACCUACGCAGAACUUUGGCUUUUGUCCAUGGAAAUCCCAAAAACUGCUGUGCAGUUGAGAUAUGUGGUGGUGAUGACUUGGAAACCAGAACUUACGUGGGCUCGUCGGUCGCUUGACGAUGGCCCUGGUUAGCUAACUACUUAACUACGCUGUACGCUGUAGUUAUCCACUGAACCCGCCUGGGCAGCUUGGAAUUUGCCCGGCAAGAACUGGCCCUGGCAUUGACCGGGUAGCCGAUUCGAGAGUCAUAAGGCUGUGUGGGGGUUCGAUCCAAUUGUCCCGAGGCUUAAUCGCCCGUCCGCUUCUGCUCGUCCGACUCUAUACAACCAACCACCACUACCACUACUUCUACUCUAUAGACAACGUGAGAGUAAAAGGAUAAUUUUCAUGUACUGGCCAGUCCCUUAUUCAUCUAACAUACAACCAUAAAUUUAGUUUGCUAAAUUCAGUUGCGACUGAAUCUUAGAGAGCCAGCAAUGUCGGCUCCACCGCUCUCUCCGCUUCCCUUCCCGCCAGGGGUUACUUCAAGACAGCUUGACACCAGGCCAAUUGGCCUUUCAUUCCACAUCCUCGAAGCAGGUUAUACACCUGACAGAAAUCGGCCCUUAAUAGUGCUCCUACACGGCUUCCCAGAGAUAGCAUUUUCAUGGCGGAAAGUGAUGCCACUGCUCGCCAACGCAGGCUGCUAUGUCGUUGCUCCCGAUCAACGCGGCUAUGGCCGUGCAACCGGCUGGGAUAACCGAGAUUUUGCAAAUGUUGACCUGAACAGUUUUUCAGUAACAAACCUGAUCCGCGAUGUUAUUGUCCUUGUUCACGCCCUGGGGUAUCAAAGUGUCAGGUGCUUGGUGGGACAUGACUUUGGCGCAGCAUCAGCUGCAUUCUGCGCUUUGGCUAGGCCUGAUAUCUUCCAGAGCGUAGUCUUGAUGAGCCACCCGUUCAAAAAAGUCCAGAGUCUUCCAAGUUUCCAUACUUCUCCGCAGGUCACAGAAGCGCCUAAGGGCGAACAGCCACCCGCUGCCUCAGAUAUCCAUUCGGAUCUCGCGUCGCUGAGCCGUAAGCAUUACAAAUGGUACUACUCAACGCAACCCGCAAGCUCAGAAAUGACAAACCCACCCAACGGGCUCCACGAAUUCCUCAGGGGAUACUUCCACCUUAAAAGCGCUUCAUGGUCAAAGAAUACCCCCCACCCGCUCACAUCUUGGACUGCUUCCGAACUCGCAAAAAUGCCAAAUUAUUACGUUAUGCCACUGAAUGCUACCAUGCCAGAGGCAAUAGCAGCAGACAUGGCGCAGGAAGAUCCAUCCGCCCUCCAAGACUCUCAAUCCUGGCUGCCAGAUAGCGACUUGGCAGUUUAUGUAUCGGAGCACGGCCGGAACAGUUUCCAGGGCGCACUUAACUGGUACCGAGUGUUCACUAACUCGGAUCCGGCGGCGGCCGGCAUACGUGAUGUUGACCUCUUCGCUGGGAAACGGAUGGAAUGCCCUAUCGCAUAUAUCUCCGGGCGUCAGGACUGGGGAACGUACCAAGUGCCUGGUGCCGUGGAGGCGAUGAUGACGAAGGACGUUUGCACUGAUUUUCGCGGUAUGACACUUGUGGAUGGUGCGGGGCACUGGGUUCCUCUAGAGAAGCCUGAGGAGGUGGUCAGUGGUAUUUUGGAGAUGAUUCGCUCUUUGGAGUAAUGGGUUAUCCUUGCUCUACCCUAGAGCAGUCUCGAGGGCUAUUAAACAUAUGCUAAUGGCGCAUGAUUAUGAUGAUGCGGGAGACGUCUUGCCUUCGGCUGUGUAUAUCACAUAGUCGUCACAGCUAUAUCCCUACAACGGGAGCGGAGUGCUUUAGCAAGAUGUAUCUCCGUUGGAAAUGGAGCUUCCUUGUCUGCGAUGUAGGUUUCAAAUAAAAUACAACAAAUCUUUCCCAUGAAUGGUUCCAGUAUAUCGUAUACCAGGGUCUGUUUGACCCAAUCGCUGGCCUAUAAACUGAACGAGGUGAAUCUUAACAAACCUACGCCUAUUACUUUCUCCCAGAUCAAAUAUGCUAUUUUAUAUUUAUCAGUAUCAGUAUUCAUUAUUCAAUACUUCCCCUUCAUACCAUUCCUAAACCACUAACAUAUAAAGAAAGGAAGAAAAUAAUAAGGAGAAAUGCAUGCGAGA